AGACCAAAGAAAAAGAAGUGUACCGUAAUGAAACCCUGAUGAUAAUUAUCAUUCUCAGUUAAUUUUCUGUAUGUUUUUCAGACUGGCUCUUCAAAACAAGAUGUAUUGGCAAGUCAUUCUGACCACGGCUGUGCUGUUGGACUUCAUUCACGCAGCAGUUGCCCGUUGUAUGGUCCAUCAGAUUCUUCCCAGGAACUUUACAUUACCCUGUAUGUUGCUGAAUGAGACAGUUUUGAGUCCUUUCUCUGCUGGAGUUGUAGAGAGCUGGUCUGGUUUGAGGACAGAGCGUGGAGCUGCUGAAACCAACCCUCCCUUGCUAAUGAAUGCAGAAAGUUUUCUGUGUUGCCUUUGGAGUGAUAACAACAUUGAUUGUUCUUUGUACAGAGCAAGCAUGCAGCCAAGGAUGUUUAUUCCUUCAGAAAUAAGCAUCUCUGCUUCUCAGGAAAGAGAUUCAAAUUGGAACAUUGAAUGUUGGAUUAAAGGCAAGCUGGAUCUGUUAGUUUGUAGCCUCCGGUUUUUGAAGCUACACUUGGGACCUGAUUUGAAGGUUAAUCUUUUAUAUGCUGUAUCGGAUCUGCCGCUGGGAGAUGCAUCUACGAGCUCUCUAAAGGGGACUGCUGUGGCUGCUCAGUGUGGCUGCAGUGAGUAUGGCAAGUGUGAAUGCUGCGUGCCUUCUCCGAGACUCAACUACACCUACAUCAUGUGGCUGAAGAUUGUCACUGGGGUAACACCUCUUUGGUCACCUUUGAUGGCAGUCAAGCCCAUAGACGUCGUAAAGCCUGAACCUCCUUUGGACCUGCAUCUAGAAAUGACAGAGAAAGGUGAAGUGAAGAUCUGCUGGUCUGACCCCGUGCUGAUGCCAUAUCCCCUCCAGUAUGAAGUGAACAUCUCUGGAAACGCAGGUCAAAACAGCUGGCAGGUGGUUCAAGUUGCUUUAAACACCUCACUGGCCAUAGACAAUUCGCUGCUCGAUUCCUCCUAUUUCGCUCAAGUGCGGUGCAAGAAUCGUUAUGGUCCAGGGUUCUGGAGUGACUGGAGCACACCAUAUAAUCUGAAACUGGGAGCUGAAGUCUUGUACUUCCCUUCUAAGAUACUGACCAGUGUUGGUUCUAAUGUUUCAUUUCAUUGCAUCUAUAAAAACAAAAACAAGAACGUAUUGUCAAGGAAGAUUGUUUGGUGGCUGAAUUUAGCAGAAGAAAUCCCAGAAAGUCAGUAUACGCUUGUGAAUGAUCGCGUAAGCAAAGUUACUCUUUUCAACUUGAAAGCAACAAAACCUAGAGGAAAUUUCUUCUAUAACGCAUUGUACUGUUGUCAUCAAAAUAGGGAAUGUCAUCAUAGAUACGCUGAAUUAUAUGUAGUAGAUGUGAAUAUCAAUAUCAAAUGUGAAACUGAUGGGUACUUAACUAAAAUGACUUGCAGAUGGUCCACAAACCCAAACACUUUGCUCGUGGGGAGUUCCUUGCAGUUAAGAUACUACAGGAGCAAAAUUUAUUGUCCUAACUUUCCAAGUAUCCCUCCAGAAUCAGAGGUGAAAGAAUGCCUUUUACAGAGGAAUCAUUCUUAUGAGUGCAUAUUUCAGCCUAUUUUUCUUUUAUCUGGAUAUACCAUGUGGAUAGAGUUUAAGCACUCGCUAGGAACACUUGAGUCCUCACCAACUUGCGUCGUUCCAGCAGAUGUGGUGAAGCCACUUCCUCCCUCUGACAUUAAAGCAGAGAUCACCAGAAAUGAUGGGCUGCUGAAUGUGAGCUGGACAAACCCUGUGUUUACAAAUGAUGAUCUUAAAUUUCAGAUUCGGUAUGCUGAGAACGGGGAAGAACUAACAUGGGAGCUGUAUGAAAUUUCAAAUGUGCCAACAAGAUCAGCUAUGAUAAAGGUUCAGAAACUCUGUGUUGAGUAUGUUGUUCAGGUCCGCUGCAGAGCACUGGAUGGUUUAGGUUACUGGAGCAACUGGAGCAGAUCAGCUUAUGCAGUUGUGAGAGAUAUCAAAGCUCCCUUACAAGGCCCUGAGUUUUGGAGAGUUGUUGUUGAAGAUCCAGCAAGGAGGCAGAAAAAUGUUACCCUCCUGUGGAAGCCACUGAUGAAGAAUCACUCAUUGUGCAGUGUGAGCCGAUACAUUAUAAAGCAUCAGACAUCAGAAAACACCACGUGGUCAGAAUAUGUCGAUAAAGGCACUACCUGUUUAUUUCCAUGGACUGAACACACACAUACCAUUACAGUUUUAGCCAUGAAUUCAAUUGGAGUUUCUUCAAUUAAUUUUAAUUUAACUCUAUCACAGCAAUUGAGCACAGUGAAUGCUGUGCAGUCACUCGUUGCUUACCCAGUGAACAGCACUUGUGUGAUUUUGACUUGGACGCUUUCACCUCGCACAUAUGUGAUAACAUCUUUUGUUAUUGAAUGGAAAAACCUUAACAAAGAAGAGGAGAUGAAAUGGGUGCGAGUUCCUCCGAAUACUAGUAAAUAUUAUAUUUAUGAUCACUUUAUUCUUAUUGAGAAGUACCACUUCAGCCUGUACCCCGUGUUUGCUGGAGGAGUUGGCAAAUCCAGAGUGACAGAUGAAUUUACCAAAGUUCCAGAUGGAUAUGAAAACCAGAAUAAUGCUAGCCUCUAUAUGGUUCUGCCAAUAGUUAUUUCAACCUUGGUUUUGUUGCUUGGAGCAUUGCUGAUUUCACAGCAAAGAAUGAAGAAACUGUUUUGGGAAGAUGUUCCAAACCCCAAGAAUUGCUCCUGGGCACAAGGAGUUAAUUUUCAGAAGCCCGAAACUUUUGAGCACCUUUUUAUCAAGCACCCCGAAGCAAUGUCAUUUGAGCCUCUUCUUCUGGAACCAGAAAUAGUGCUGGAAGACAUCAGUGUUACCAAGGCAUUGAAACAAGAAGAUACGCAAGAUUUUUUAGUAAUUAAUUCAAUGUUUACAAAAAUUCAAGACUCUGAACACGACUCUGCUUGUUCUAGCAGCCAUUUCACUAGCAGCAGCUUCUCUGAGAGCUUUCACAAUGACCAAAUCGCUGGAGAAAUUACAAGGCAGUCCGACAUAAAAUAUGCUACUAUUAUCAGCAGCUCCAGAUCCAGUGGGCUUUAUGAAGAGAAGAAGAAUCUCAGGAGUUGUUUUGAGAGAUGCUUCUUAGCUGAAGAUUCCUUAGUUGCAGGUGCUUUCUCAAGUAGCUCUUGGGAGGUGGGAAACCAGGCUUUUCUCCUGCUGCCUGAUCAGCCUGGCAGUCGGCCCAGCAAGACUCUUUCCCUUUCCCUGAUUUCUUCAGAGGGGUUUUCAGAGCCUUCAGAUCAGGAUGACGCCUUCACAGAUGGAGGCAGUCGUGAGCGAAGCCUCUAUUACCUAGGGAUAGCAUCACUUGAAAAAAGAGAGAGUGACAUUUUUUUAACAGAGAGUUCCGGAGUGAUGUGUCAGUUCCACACAGCUGAUCUGCUCAGAGACGUGGGGUUCCUUCAGAACACGCCUCCUAGUUUAAAUGCAUUUAUCCAAAGUAGCUUUAAGUAUAAAGCCAUUGUGCCGUACAUGCCUCAGUUCCAGAUGCCUGCUGCCAAGGUGCAAGACGCCACAGAGAACAACUCUUAAGUCAUCACACCAUAACUUGAUGCUCAUCGUGGCUUUUUAGGUGUUGAUAUGUUCCCCCAUUUCCCCUCUCCUGACUUCUUUCAGGAGCUCUCCUGUUUGGAAGUUGGGUGACUAAUCCUGUAUUUGAGUCCCAGGAUUUCAGCAGGAAGAAAUUCUGUUUCUUGACCUAAUUGACCUGAUUUUCACAUGAGGGGCCUUCCUUUAUAUAUUUGAUAUAUAAAUAUAUUCAAAUUAGCCUCUGGUGCCAAAUA